AUGGUUUUCUUCUCGUGCAACAACUGCGGUGAAGCUUGCAAGAAAAAUCAGGUCGAACGUCAUCUCUUCCAAUGCCGUAAUACUACUUUCAGCUGUAUUGAUUGUCAACUUGUCUACACCCGUGAAACAUACAAAGAUCAUGUAAAAUGCAUCACUGAAAAUCAGAAAUACGGAGGAAAAAACUACGUUGAAAAAGAGAAUAAAGGAGAAGCGAAACAAAAUGCGUGGGUUGAUCAAGUGAAUCGUGCCAUCGAAUUUGUCACCGAUUCACAAGUGAAAGAACUGCUGAAAAGUGUUGCUGGAUUUGCGAAUAUUCCAAGAAAAGAGGCGAAAUUCAUCAAUUUCCUGACCAACUCGUGUCGGCUCCGUGAUAAGAAUCUUGCUCUGAGAGCUUGGCAAGCAAUUGCCGCAGAAGCUGAUAAAAUGAGAGAGGAAGCGAUUCGAAAGCAGGAGGAGACGCAGAAAAUGGAAAAGGCUCAAAAAGAAGCCGCCGCAGCAGCAAAGAAGGAAACAACUGUUGCAACGACAGCAGCAGAAGUCACAGAUGCUCCAGAAUCUACAUUCAAAUGGAAGAAGGUUAUCAAGCGGAAGUUGAAGGAAAAUGGAGGAGAAAUGAAGAUUAAGAAGUUGAAAAAAGCCAUUAUUGAAGAGCUCUCCGCAGCCGGAGCAGCAAGUGAUGACGUGGAUUCGAUUUUCGACGAAAAACUUCAGAAAUGUGCGGCGGUUACUGUAGAUGGGAAGAAAGUUUCGUUGGUUGUAUGAAUCCAUUUUUUGUUUUUUCGUUGAUUUUAUCCCCUUUUUUCAUUUUGUUGUUAUUGUUGAAUUGAAUUGAAAA